AGCUGAAAAACAACAAGAUGGAGAAGGUUCGCGAGAAGAUCCGCAAGUACCAGCAGGACAUUGACGAUGCCAACGACCGUGUCGCCGACCUCGAGGAGCAGCUCAACGCUGCCAACGAGCGGGCCGAGAACGAGGAGCGCCGUGCUGACGACCUCAACCGCAAGCUGACCCUCGCCCAGGAGCAGCUUGACGCCCUUGAGGAGCGCAUCGCCGCCGAGAACACUGCCGAGCAGCUGCAGCAGGCCGUCAUCCGGGCCGAGACUGCCGAGCGCAAGGUCGCCGAUCUCGAGACCCAGCUCGAGGAGGCCGACGACAAGGUCAAGGCCGCCGAGGAGAAGGCCGAGGCCGCCUCCAACCAGCUCUCCGAGAUGCUUCGCGAGCUCGGCAUCGAGUAAACAGCUCUUCUCCCCCACA